UGAAGAAUGGGCAGGGGGUGGGGGAAUGGUACACUAGGGCGCGGGUACCCUGUGAUUAUCUAUUUACGAUUCAGUGGUACUUCGAUAAGAAGCCACAAAAGCGAAAUUAAAGCAAGAAUGGAUUGUGCAAAAGAUCGUAUAUCUUUAUAACUAUAGUUUAUUAGUGUUCAAUAAGCGUUUAGAGUAAUUAAAGCAAUUUAACUCUACCAUGCAUAAAUGAACACAGCAUAAAAUAACACGUUCGUGUCAUUCAAAUUUUAUUGUGCCCUCAAGAGCAGGAACAAUGCGUUGCCAGCUGAUUAUCUCUGCGCUUCUCGGAUUAUUCCUAACAUUCCACAUCAAUAUAAACGAUGCCGUCGUCUUCAAGUUUACAAACUUCGUCUGCGAGAGUUACAACCAAUCCUGGUUCGUGUUCCACAACUAUCGUCUGAAGGCCGUCAGUCGAAACAAAGUGCUCCUCAAUGCGAAUGGUACGAUACUACAUCCGGUCAACAAUGCUUCAGUUCAUGUCAGAAUUUUCAAAAGGGCCAACGGCUAUAAGCCUUGGGUCGUCGAUAAUUACUUUGAUGUCUGUCAGUAUUUGAGAAAGCGGAAUCAACCUAUUGCUAAUAUAAUCUAUGGGCUCUUCAAAGAUUUUAGUAACUUAAACCACUCAUGCCCCUACGUGGGUUUACAGACUGUCAAGGACUUUUAUCUAAGACCUGAGCUACUGCGUCUUCCCUUUCCAACAGGGGAUUAUUUAUUGGCGCUUCAGUGGUACUUCGAUAAGAAACCACUGGCUGAUACGAACGUUAGUUUUACAUUCGUGGAGGAUUUAAUGAAGAGAAAUUAGUAGGAAUCAACAGAAUACAGAUUCAGUAGAAUCCUGAAGAUCCCUUAAAAAACAAAAUGUAUUGUACCGAUUAAUCAAAUAUAUGUAUGGGCUAUUCCGUGAUAUUUGACUGAACACUGUAUGAAACGAAAGGGAAAUAGAAACGGAAAUUGGGGUCUAGUUUCGGUAAAAUAAAAUCUGUUUAGCCGAGAACCAUCUGUUAUUUUUGAGCUAUAAUUAUCAGCAUUUAUUGACUCAUUCAUGCGGCAAUGCGAGGCUACAGGCUGCAUGCUAUUCGAGGUGAUAAAUUCGAAUUUGCAUCACCAGCAUUAUUAUUAUUGCAUUGCAUUGCAGCAUUAUACUAUUAUUGCCCUUGGAGUGGCAAACGAAAUCAACUGUUGGCUGAGGGACAGUUGGCAUUUGCAGAUCCUGCGGAGUUACCGUUUUGCGCUUAGGAGACUAAUUCAGCAGUUACAAACAGGUUAACUGAGACCGUAGAACUAAGAGCCGAUUCUAUUGGAUUUUGAAGCCAACGGUCAGCUCCUUAAAGCCCUACCGCGUCUUCCAAACACACAGAAUGCUUUACAACUGUGAUGCAAGCCAAUGUCCUAUCAUGUAGAAAAAUGAUUAAUUAAGCGGAUCUGUUGAAAUUUGAAGUGUAACCAUAAUAUGAUCUGUCUGACAACGCUAAUUAACAUAAUGUACAUGAACAGCGAGAGCCUCUGUUAUCUCUCGUCUCUCCUAUUCGUAUGUAAGUACAUAUGUACACAUGUCGUCUCUUCAGUUCUGAAUAAACCACUUAUGAGCACAGACUCGUCGUUCUCUAUUUAAUACAUGUCAAAAGGCGCAAUUUACAAUAGGAUCAAAUGAUGUG